UAACGGCGGGGGAAGAAGAGGAGGAAGGUGGCGUGUAAAUUCGUUGUCACGCCGUCCAAACAAUAUGCCAACCCCACGCGUAAUCAUCAAUUAACCCUUAGAUUGCAUUUUUCUUCUUUUAUCUAUACAAAAAUAUAUAAAAAAAUAUUCAUAUAAAGAUGCAAACAUUAAAUUUUAUUAAAAAAACUUUAUAUUAUUAAAAAAAAAAACUUGAAAACUCAUUGUGUCAUAUUCAUAGAAUAUUAAAGUAAUUCUUUUUCUUUUGUGUACCUCCUUAUCACACACACUACUCUUUUACUAACUAGCUAAACAAGUUUUUCUCUUUUCUAUAUAUAAGUAAAAAUAUUUAUCCCCUCACCAACAACAUUUCAACUAACACUUUAUUUCUCUCAUUCUUUAAGUCUCUCUUCUCUUCAUCUACAACUCCUUUCUUCUCUCAAUCUUGCUCGUCUCUUGUUUCGAGCUUGAAUAAGGGUAAAGGGUCUCUCUAUCUUUGCAUAUUUUUUAUGUGGUACUUAAACUUAGUAAGUUUUGUGGUGUUUCCAUGCAGAUGAAGUCACUUAUAAUUUGUACAUUUCGAUCUUAAGGUUUUAUUAGUUAUUUUCUACAUUCUUAAGUUGUAACUAGAAGAUCAUAUUGUCAAUGGUUGCAUGUUUACUUACUUUUAUUUCCUCUGUGUAAUUCUAUGCUAUUUUUUGUAGGUAUUAAUAAUUACAUUGUAAGAUUAUGGACCUCCUUUAGCACUUGAUUGGUUGAGAAAAUAUAAAAAGAAAAAAAAAGGCAAUUCUAUCAUUUUCUUGAAUGUCAUAAUUCAUUGGUCAUGAAGUGAAAAAUGUGUAUAUGGUAGUGUGUGAAAAGGGUUUUUUCUUUAAGGGAUCAUGUGUUUUUGAGUGGAAUGCACUCAAAGAAAUCAUUUCAACUUAAUUAUAAUAUAUACUUUUUUUUUUACAAACAAAAAUGAAGUCAAUGUUUUCGUCUACUUUUUUAUUUUCCUUUUCAUCAUAGAAAUUGCCUAAAUGUUACUACCAUGAAUAGCAUGCAACUAAUUAAGGUCAUUGCAGGCUUAUUCAUCAUCAUUUUUCAUAUUUUCUUGUUUGGUAGGAACCAAUUAAUUAUGAUUUCCCAUUUUCAAAUUUCCAAAAAUCAAAAAAAUAAAAAGAAGGAAAAUAAAUCUUGAAAAAAUAUUUUUAAAUUGGAGGACCUUGACCCCACCACCCCAAAGAAAAAAAACAAAAAGAAUGAGGUAAUGAUGACUUUUAAUUUGCUCACGAAUGGAUGUCAAUUAAUGAGUAGAAUCAUUACAAAUCUUGCAAGAUAAGAGAAGUGUAAUAUUCACACUCUUAUAAAUAUAUAUUAAAAGUUUCCUUUUCAUAUUUACUUAACAAAAAGGUGCAAAAAAAUAUCUUCCAAUAGUAUAUAUAUAUAACUUUUUUUUUUGUUCUCAAAAAAUAAAAUUUGUUAGAUUGAUCAAGAUGGAAAUAGAGUCAUGUGUUCCUCCAGGAUUUAGAUUUCAUCCAACAGAGGAAGAACUUGUUGGAUACUACCUCAAGAGAAAGAUUAAUUCACUCAAGAUUGAUCUUGAUGUCAUCACUGAUAUUGAUCUUUAUAGAAUGGAGCCAUGGGACAUCCAAGAUAGGUGUAAACUGGGAUAUGAAGAAGAAAGUGAAUGGUAUUUUUUCAGCCACAAGGACAGGAAAUAUCCAACAGGAACUCGAACGAAUCGCGCGACGGGGGCCGGAUUCUGGAAGGCAACAGGAAGAGAUAAAGCAGUGUUAUCAAAGGAGAAAAUAAUAGGGAUGAGAAAAACACUUGUUUUCUAUAGAGGAAGAGCUCCUAAUGGAAGGAAAAGUGAUUGGAUCAUGCAUGAAUAUCGUCUCCAAACUUCUCAACAUGGACCUCCUCAGGAAGAAGGAUGGGUAGUAUGUAGGGCAUUCAAGAAGCCAAGUCCAUCAAACAACAAUUAUUAUAUGAGAGGAACCAACACAAGUUAUUCAACUAGACCACCUCCAUCCCUUUCACAAAUGCCAAGUUAUUAUAUUACUAAUAUUAAUCCUCUCAACCAAACAUCAAAUUUCAAUCAUCAAUUCCCUUUAAAUCAUCAAAUCUCAAGCCAAAAUAAUAUUGGUUAUGACAAUAAUCAACUACUAAUUCAUGAACUCCCACAACUUGAUAGCCCUACUACCAUUUCAACAAGUUUGGCUACAAAUGAUCAUCAAGGCCAAAAUUCCAUCAACAACAACAACAAUGAAGAUCAAUUUUGUGAUGAGUGGAGUGUUGAUGACAAGUUGUUUGCACCACAAGUUAUGGAGGCACCAUCUUCUUCUUCUUAUUCUUACCCUAAUUUUCUGUUAGACGGCAAUGAUCAAAAUCAUAUGAGUCAAUUGCUACAUUGUUACCCUGAUUUAUAGAUGAAAAUUAAUCUUCUAUGAUCAGUAAUAGUUUUUUUUUUUUUUUUUUUUUUUAUCUUUUUUAAUUGAAACAAAAGAAGUUUGUGCAAUUCCUAUGAAAAGGUGGCAAAUAUAUAUAGAA